CUGCCACAGGCUCUAGGUCCGGGCGCACGAAUUAGGCCCGAGGUGCAGGGGUUCGGUUAGCAGAGAUGCGGGGACGUGCGCGACGAUAGGUCCUGGUCCGGGAGGUCCGCGGGGAGGCCGGGCAGGUGCCCCCGGCGCGGAGGCUGAUUGGCAGGUGCAGGAGUGGGUGGGGAAGGCGGGCGCUGGGCCUGGCGCUGCGGGAGCUGCGGCCCCGCCUCCCCGCCCCCGCCCCCGCCGCGGGACUAUCUGGUCCCGGCAGCAGCGAUGUCCCCCGGCAGGAAUGUCCCUCCUCAGAUAAUGUUAUUUAUAUCUCUGGGCGGGUCCGCGGCUCGGCAGCACCAGGCGCCCGGCGGCCGCUGUGCCAGGAGCCCCGCGCUGCCCUCCUCCCCCUGCGCCGCCGCUGCCGCCCCCGGGCUCCGGGUGGCCGCCGCUCGGGUCCCCGCGCAGGGACCCUUCCAUGAAGACUGAGGCAGGCGUAGUAGCUGCUGAGAAGAGCCUGCUGACAUGACAUCGGCCACGGAAUUUGAAAACGUGGGCAACCAGCCACCAUACAGCCGGAUCAAUGCCCGGUGGGAUGCCCCUGACGACGAGCUGGAUAAUGACAACAGCUCAGCCAGACUCUUUGAAAGGUCCCGGAUCAAGGCAUUGGCAGAUGAGCGAGAAGUUGUGCAGAAGAAAACCUUCACAAAAUGGGUCAACUCCCACCUGGCGCGUGUGUCCUGCCGCAUCAGUGAUCUCUACAAGGACCUGCGGGAUGGGCGGAUGCUCAUCAAGCUGCUGGAGGUGCUCUCGGGAGAGAUGCUGCCCAGGCCAACCAAGGGGAAGAUGCGCAUCCACUGCCUGGAGAAUGUGGACAAGGCCCUACAGUUCCUCAAGGAGCAGCGUGUGCACCUGGAGAACAUGGGCUCCCACGACAUUGUGGAUGGGAACCACCGCCUGGUGCUAGGCCUCAUCUGGACCAUCAUCCUUCGCUUCCAGAUUCAGGACAUUGUUGUCCAAACUCAGGAAGGCCGUGAGACACGCUCAGCCAAGGAUGCGCUGCUGUUGUGGUGCCAGAUGAAGACAGCAGGCUACCCCCAUGUCAAUGUAACCAACUUCACCUCCAGCUGGAAGGAUGGCCUGGCCUUUAAUGCCCUGAUACACAAGCACCGGCCUGACCUCAUCGACUUUGACAAGUUGAAGGACUCCAAUGCCCGGCACAACCUGGAACAUGCAUUUGAUGUGGCUGAGCGCCAGCUAGGCAUCAUCCCGCUCCUGGACCCUGAAGAUGUCUUCACAGAAAACCCUGAUGAGAAAUCCAUCAUCACCUACGUGGUGGCGUUUUACCACUACUUCUCCAAGAUGAAGGUGCUGGCGGUGGAGGGCAAGCGCGUCGGCAAGGUCAUUGACCACGCCAUUGAGACUGAGAAGAUGAUCGAGAAGUACAGCGGGCUGGCCUCUGACCUGCUCACCUGGAUCGAGCAGACCAUCGUCGUCCUCAACAGCCGCAAGUUUGCCAACUCACUGGCUGGUGUCCAGCAGCAGCUGCAGGCCUUCAGCACCUACCGCACCGUGGAGAAGCCACCCAAGUUUCAAGAGAAGGGGAACCUGGAAGUCCUGCUUUUUACCAUCCAGUCCCGGAUGCGAGCCAACAAUCAGAAAGUGUACACACCUCACGACGGGAAGCUAGUGUCUGACAUCAACCGGGCCUGGGAGAGCCUGGAGGAGGCCGAGUACCAGCGGGAGCUGGCCCUGAGGAGCGAGCUCAUCCGCCAGGAGAAGCUGGAGCAGCUGGCCCGGCGUUUUGACAGGAAGGCCGCCAUGAGAGAGACGUGGCUCAACGAGAACCAGCGCCUUGUGACACAGGAUAAUUUCGGGUAUGACCUGGCAGCUGUAGAAGCUGCCAAGAAGAAGCAUGAAGCCAUUGAGACCGACACUGCUGCCUACGAGGAGCGAGUGAAGGCCCUGGAGGACCUGGCUCAGGAGCUGGAGAAGGAGAAUUACCAUGACCAGAAGCGCAUCCUGGCCCGCAAGGACAACAUCCUGCGCCUGUGGAGCUAUCUGCUGGAGCUGCUGCGAUCCCGGCGCCAGAGGCUCGAAACCACCCUGGAGCUGCAGAAGCUCUUCCAGGACAUGCUGCACAGCAUCGACUGGAUGGACGAGAUCAAGGCUCACCUCUUGUCUGCUGAGUUUGGGAAGCACCUGCUGGAGGCUGAGGACUUGCUCCAGAAGCACAAGUUGAUGGAAGCUGAUAUUGCUAUCCAAGGGGACAAGGUGAAGGCCAUCACCGCAGCCACCCUGCCGUUCAUUGAGAGCACAGGGUACCAGCCUUGCGACCCCCAGGUCAUCCAGGACCGAGUCAGCCACUUGCAGCAGUGCUUUGAGGAGCUGAGUGAUAUGGCCGCCGGGCGGAAGGCCCAGCUGGAGCAGUCGAAGCGGCUCUGGAAGUUUUUCUGGGAGAUGGAUGAGGCCGAGAGCUGGAUUAAAGAGAAGGAGCAGAUCUACUCCUCCAUGGACUAUGGCAAGGACCUGACCAGUGUGCUCAUCUUGCAGCGCAAACACAAGGCCUUUGAGGAUGAGCUCCGAGGACUAGAUACCCACCUGACACAGAUCUUCCAGGAGGCUGAGGGCAUGGUGGCACGCAAGCAGUUUGGACAUCCGCAGAUCGAGGCCCGAGUCAAGGAGGUGUUGGCCCAGUGGGACCAGCUGAAGGACCUGGCCGCCUUUCGUAAGAACAACCUCCAGGAUGCAGAGAACUUCUUCCAGUUCCACGGUGAUGCAGAUGACCUGAAGGCCUGGUUGCAAGAUGCCCACCGGCUACUCUCAGGUGAAGAUGUGGGGCAGGAUGAAGGGGCCACACGGGCCCUGGAGAAGAAGCACAGGGACUUUCUGGAGGAGCUGGAGGAGAGCCACUCCGUGAUGGAGCACCUAGAACAGCAGGCCCAGGGCUUCCCUGAAGAGUUCCGGGAUUCCCCCGACGUGACCAAUCGGCUGCAGGCCCUACAAGAGCUCUACCAGAGGGUGGUGGCCCAGGCAGACUUGCGCAGACAGAGGCUACAGGAAGCCCUGGACCUGUACACUGUGUUUGGGGAGUCAGAUGCCUGCCAGCUGUGGAUGAGGGAGAAGGAGAAGUGGCUGGCCCAGAUGGACAUCCCAGACACCCUGGAGGACCUGGACGUUGUACAACACAGGUUUGACAUCCUUGACCAGGAGAUGAAGACUUUGAAGGCUCAGAUUGAUGGUGUGAACCUCGCUGCCAACAACCUGAUGGAGAGUGGCCACCCUCGCAGCAGAGAAGUGAAGACGUACCAAGACAGCCUGAACACCAGGUGGCAGGCCUUCCAGGACUUGGUGUCACAGCGGAAGAACGCAGUGGGCUCAGCCCUCCGGGUGAACAACUACUGUGUGGACUGUGAGGAGACCAGCAAGUGGAUAUCAGACAAGACGGAAGUUGUGAAGUCUAUAAAGGACCUCGGGCGGGACCUGGCAGGCAUCAUCACCAUCCAGAGGAAGUUGUCAGGGUUGGAACGUGAUGUGGCGGCCAUCCAGGAUCGAGUAGGGGACUUGAAGCGUGAGUCACAGCAACUGAUGGAGUCUCACCCUGAGCAGAAGGACGACAUUGGCCAGCGCUACUCCAAUGUUGAGAAGCUUUGGGAAAUCUUGCAAGAAGCUCUAAAGGACCAGGAGGCCUCCUUGAGUGAGGCCAGCAAGCUGCAGGCCUUCCUGCAGGAUCUGGAUGAGUUCCAGGCCUGGCUGUCCAUGGCACAGAAGGCUGUGGCCUCUGAGGACAUGCCCAACUCAGUCCUAGAGGCCGAGCAGCUCCUGCAGCAGCAUUCAGCCCUCAAGGAUGAGAUCGACAGUCACCAUGAAAACUACCAGAAGAUCCAGGCCUCUGGGGAGAACGUGAUUGAGCAGUUCCUACAACAGCAUGCAGCCAUCAAGCAGGAGAUAGAUAGUCACCAAGAUGACAGCCUGCCAACAGAGGCCUCUGGGGAGGAGGCAACCGAAGCCCAGAAGUACCCAGAGUACCAGCUCCUGCACCAGCGGCUGGAGGGCCUGGGUACUGGCUGGGAUGCCCUGCGCCGGAUGUGGGAGAGUCGUGGCCAUUGUCUUAGGCAGUGCUAUGGCUUCCAGGAGUUCCAGAGGGAUGCCAAGCAGGCUGAAGCCAUCCUUAGCAACCAGGAAAUUACUCUGGAACAUGAGAAGCCCCCAGAAUCCUUAGCAGCCGCAGAGGCUGGGAUCCGAAAGUUUGAGGAUUUCUUGCUGUCUAUGGAGAACAACAAGGAUAAGGUUUUGAGUCCUGUGGACUCUGGAAACAAGCUGGUAGAUGAGGGGAACCUGUACUCAGACAAGAUCAAGGAGAAGGUGCAGCAGAUAGAAGACAGGCACCAGAAGAACAAACAGAAGGCCCAGGAGGUCUCGGUUCUCCUGAAAGACAACCUGGAGCUACAGCACUUCCUGCAGAACUGCCAGGAGCUCACUCUCUGGAUCAAUGACAAGCUGCUGACAUCCCUGGAUGUGUCCUACGAUGAAACACGCAACCUUCACAACAAAUGGCUGAAGCACCAGGCGUUUCUGGCAGAACUGGCUUCGCACCAGGGGUGGCUGGAGAACAUCGACGCAGAAGGGAAGCAGCUGAUGGAGGAGAAGCCGUGGUUCAAGCUCAGGGUGGCCGAGAGGCUGGACGCCUUGCACCGGCUCUGGGAUGAACUGCAGGACGGCACCAAGAAGGUGACCCAAGUGCUCUCGAAGGCCAGGAGUUCUGACCUGCGCUCACAGACCGAAGCUGACCUCAACAAGUGGAUCAGCGCCAUGGAGGACCAACUGCGAUCUGAUGACCUGGGCAAGGACCUGACUAGUGUCAACCGGAUGUUGGCUAAGUUGAAGGCAUUGGAGGACCAAGUGAAUGUGCGAAAGCAGGACCUGGAGGAGAUGUUUCAAUCACUGGAAGAAGAUGCAGACCUGAGUGUUGAGAAGCGGUUCUUGGACCUCCUGGAGCCACUGGGGAGGAGGAGGAAGCAGCUGGAAUUAUCCAGAGCCAAACUGCAGAUCAGCCGGGACCUAGAGGAUGAGACGCUCUGGGUGGAGGAGAGGUUGCCACUGGCCCAGUCAGCUGACUAUGGCACCAACCUGCAGACGGUGCAGCUGUUCAAGAAGAAGAAUCAGACGCUGCAGAAUGAGAUCCAGGGCCACAAGCCACGGGUGGACGAUGUGCUGCAGCGAGGGGAACAGCUGGUGGUGGCAGCAGAGACUGACCUGCAGGACAUCGAGGAGCGCCUGGGGCACCUGCAAGCCUCAUGGAAAACGCUGCAGCAGGCAGCAGCUGGGCGGGGGCAGCGCCUGCAGGACGCCCAUGAGGCACAGCAGUACUACCUGGAUGCGGACGAGGCCGAGGCCUGGAUCAGUGAGCAGGAGCUCUACAUCUUCUCCGAUGAGCCCCCCAAGGAUGAAGAGGGCGCCAUUGUGAUGCUGAAACGGCACCUGCGGCUGCAGCGCACAGUGGAGGAGUACGGCAGGAACAUCAAGCAGCUGGCCAGCCGGGCCCAGGGCCUGCUGGCUGCUGGCCACCCUGAGGGGGAACAGAUUAUCAGACAUCAGGGUCAAGUGGACAAGCAGUACGCGGGACUGAAGGACAUGGCCGAAGAACGCAGGCGGAAGUUGGAGAACAUGUACCACCUGUUCCAGCUGAAGAGGGAGACCGACGACCUAGAGCAGUGGAUCCUCGAAAAGGAAAAAGUGGCCGCCGACCAGGAGAUGGGGCAAGACUUUGACCACGUGACUAUGCUCAGAGACAAGUUCCGAGACUUCGCCCGGGAGACUGGGACGAUCGGGCAGGAACGGGUGGACAAUGUGAAUGCCAUCAUUGAGCGGCUCAUCGACGCCGGGCACAGUGAGGCGGCCACCAUCGCUGAGUGGAAGGACGGGCUGAAUGACAUGUGGGCGGACCUGCUGGAGCUCAUCGACACGCGCAUGCAGCUGCUGGCGGCUUCCUACGACCUCCACCGCUACUUCUACACGGGCGCCGAGAUCCUAGUCCUCAUUGACGAGAAGCACCGGGAGCUGCCUGAGGACGUGGGGCUGGAUGCCAGCACGGCUGAGUCCUUCCACCGCGUGCACAAGGCCUUCGAGCAGGAGCUCCACCUGCUGGCCGUGCAGGUGCAGCAGUUCCAGGAUGUGGCCGCGCGCUUGCAGACGGCGUAUGCUGGGGAAAAGGCCGAUGCCAUCCAGAGCAAGGAGCAGGAGGUGUCUGCUGCCUGGCAGGCACUGCUCGAUGCCUGUGCUGGGCGCCGGACCCAGCUAGUGGACACAGCCGACAAAUUCCGCUUCUUCAGCAUGAUCCGCGACCUCCUCUCCUGGAUGGAGAGCAUCAUCCGGCAGAUUGAGACCCAGGAGAAGCCCAGGGAUGUGUCCUCUGUGGAACUGCUCUUGAAGUAUCACCAGGGCAUCAAGGCAGAGAUUAAUACCCGAGCCAAGAACUUCAAUACCUGCCUGGAGCUCGGGGAGUCCCUGCUGCAGCGGCAGCACCAGGCCUCGGAUGAGAUCCGAGAGAAACUGCAGCAGAUGAUGGCCAAGCGCCUGGAGAUGGAUAAGAAGUGGGAGGACCGGGAUGACCGGCUCCGCAUGUUGCUUGAGGUCUGCCAGUUCUCGAGGGACGCCUCUGUGGCUGAAGCAUGGCUGAUCGCUCAAGAACCCUACCUGGCCAGCCGGGACUAUGGGCACACGGUGGACAGCGUGGAGAAGCUGAUCAGGAGGCACGAGGCUUUCGAGAAAUCCACAGCCACCUGGGCAGAGCGCUUUGCCGCCCUGGAGAAACCUACCACACUUGAGCUUAAAGAACAACGCCAGUCCCCAGAGAGACCCACAGAGGAGCCUGGGCCUCAAGAGGAGGAAGGCGAGACCGCAGGGGAGGCUCCCCAAGUCUACCGUGCGACCACCACCGAGAGAACGUCCCCGGGGGAACUGGAGCAGUCAUGGCCUCACGACCUACAGCCACCACCCCUGCCACGGCAGCAUGAGGACAGGCAGCAGGACAAGUCCACUGGGGAUGAUGGGCCCGCCACGGAGCCCCUCUCAAAGGUUUUGGACACUCCUCUGAGUGAAGGCGACGAGCCCACAACGCUGCCAGCCCAGCUGGACCACGGGCACAGUGUGCAGAUGGAGGGCUAUCUGGGCCGAAAGCACGACCUGGAGGGGCCCAACAAGAAGGCAUCCAACAGGUCCUGGAACAACCUCUACUGCGUGCUCAGGAACAGUGAGCUGACCUUCUACAAGGAUGCCAAGAAUCUGGCUCUAGGGGUGCCCUACCAUGGGGAAGAGCCCCUGGCCCUGAGGCACGCCAUCUGCGAGGUCGCGGCCAACUACAAGAAGAAGAAGCACGUCUUCAAGCUGAGGCUGAGCAAUGGCAGUGAGUGGCUCUUCCACGGCAAGGACGAGGAGGAGAUGCUGUCCUGGCUGCAGGGCGUGAGCACAGCCAUCAACGAGUCCCAGAGCAUCCGAGUCAAGGCCCAGAGUCUGCCCCUGCCCUCCAUCACAGGGCCUGAGGUCAGCCUCGGCAAGAAGGACAAGGAGAAGAGAUUCAGCUUCUUCCCCAAAAAGAAGUAGCAGCGGGCAGCCCCAAGGGAGGGACAUGCAGGGACCUGGGCUGCACCGCUGUCCCCGCCUACACCUGCCCUGCUCACCGCCUGUGGGGCCCCUCUGCACUGCGCCCCAGCACACCUGUCUGCCCCAGCUGGUGGGCUCUCCUAGUCCCCCAAAACUGGAGCAGGCAAUGGGGCUCCUCGAGCUGCCCACUCCCCAGCAAGCCCUGCUGGGUUACGCCCACCCAGCCAUAGCCAAAGGGAAAGGGAAGCGGGACCUGGGCUGACUGACCUGUCUCCGAGGGUCAGGGUGCUGCUAGGGACUGAGGGAACAAGGGAUGCGGGCCUGGGGUCAGUCAGUGACCUCCCCACUGGGCUUCCUCAGAACGGGACAUGGUCCUCAGGGCCUGCAUGCCCUUCCUCUCUCCUCACCUGAGGCAGAGCCCCCUGCCCUCGUUUAGUGGGUCCUAAAGGAAGAGCCUUCUGCUGCCCCAGCACUCGUGGGAGGAAGGACCAGCAGCCCUCAAACCACUCCUCCGGGAGCCCUGGUUAGAGCUCAGGGCUCCAGGCUCGGAGGAGAAGCAGGGCCAGACAGGUCCCAACACUGACUGCUGGAGGCUCUGCCUCUGGCCACACCUAGUAGCAGCUGAGCCAGCAGAGGCAGGGUCCCCAGGGAGCAGUGCAGGCCCCUGAUGCAAUAGAGGUACCCCAGUGCUGGGGCAAAGCCUCCCAGAGAGCCAGAUGCCUGCUGUGUCCUGCCUGUCUGCAUCCGAUACCACCCAGGAGUACUAACUGGGCAGAGGGCAGAGUUCCCACUCGGUGUGGUGAAUGUGGCCACUCCUAGGUAUCGCCAUCAUGCAACAAGUCUACCAUGAACAACUAGGACUAAUGCUGGGGCCAGAGCAGUAGGAAUGGCCCUUCUUGAUCAGCUUCUCCUGCAGGCCUGGUCUGGAGUACUGGGGGUCACACACAGAGGUCACUGAACAUCUACCACCCCUAUAUCUGAGCACCAAAAGGGAUGCUUCUUUUGGUGGGAGCACAGGGAGAGACGUCCCCGUGCUUCUGAAAGGGGAUCCACUGGACCCGUUAGUGCUGACGGGGCUCCACAAGGACUUUCCCCGAUACUACUCUUGAAGGCAGUAGAGGUCCAGCAGACACCUUCACUAGGCCAUAGCCAAGACAGGCCACACUGGGGCAGCAGGUAUCUGCCGAGGGAGAGUCAUAAGGGUCCCCAAGGCCCACAGCCAGUUUCUGUGACCUCCCCAUGGGAAGGAGCCUUGGCUGUGUGAAUCAGGCCGAAAGGAGAGACAGUGGGAGACAUCCAGUUAUGAGGCCUCUCAGGUGAUCUUACUGCUGGCAUGGACUGCAGCCCCAACACCAUCAGUGACACCAACUCCAGCAGACAGGAAGCACAGGAGGGGAAAGCUCGAGUGGAACUGGCAUCCCCAGGCCGGGUGUUUCACCUCCAUAGCCAGGGUCUUCAUUUGGCUGCAACUGCAGGACCCUGUAGCCCCCUGCUGCUACAGGGAAGCACAUCUGUAGUGUUUGCCAGCCUUUCUCAGCCAGAAAAGCAGGGCAAGAGGCAAGGAGGUGACUGCAGUCCCGACAGUGCAUUUGAGAGCACUGUCCAUCCCCGGGGCAGACAGGGCUUCUCGCUGCAAGGUGGAAGGUAGCAAGCAGCUCUGGUGACUAUUCCCCUGGGCCAGUCUUUAGGGAGCCACAGUCCACCUCUCCCCUCCAAAUGUGCCCAAGUAGCACCUGAAGUGAUGCAUCUCCAGCAGGUAACAGCACAGAGCAAGAAAUCGGGCUCCAAUGGAAAGCUAGGAUUUCACCACCCCAAGUCCCACCAGAUUGAGCAAGGGCAGCCAGCUGCAUGUGACCCAUCAUGUCCCGCCAGCUUCCCAUGCAUCAUACCCACGUCACCCAGGCCCCAAGACACUCGACCAACUGGACUGACACUGCAGGAACCCACCCCUGGGAGACCCUGUGCCACUCUAGGGCAAGGCUCUCCUGGUGCCUCAGCAAGGGAUCUUGUUCUUCCUUCCUGCCCUCCUCACGUUUUCUACUCUGCAGUCUUUUCCCUACAGUAUUCCCAAACUCUGUUGGCACAGCUCCAGUCCACACCAGCAUAACGGGCUUCCUUCCCGAGCGGGUCUAGAGGAAGCUGCUCCGGGCAUGGCCAGGCAGUCCUUCCCGCUCUCCUUCCUUGUCUCUGGCCUCAGCUGACUCUGGCUGAGGGUGGAACUGGAGGCAUCUGGGGCUCCCGGCCCCACCGACUUCCACCAGUGAGUGCAUCACACAGGAGACCUGUGUUGGCUCGGCUUCCCUCCACCUGACUCCUGUCUGCAUACGGAAGCACAGCCGAGUCCCCUAGGCCGAUCCUAGGUCCCCUUCCUCCUUCAGUGGGAGGAGGCAGGGAUGCAGAGGAUGAGGUCAGCAGGUCACAUGGCUUAGUCCCUUGGUCAAGCAAGCUCAGGGAGGUUGCAAAAGAGGUGACCACAGAGGAAUACACCCCUGUUGGACGGACCAUGUCAUCUGGGGCUGGCUCUAGGGCCAGCUGGGCCUCAUCCUCCACCUGCUCAAAUGUGCUUCCACAACCAGAGGACACUCAUUUACUAGUUUUUCUAAUAAAUCAAUAACGCUCUA